AUGGGUGAUUUUGAAAGACCCAGAUCGCUUUCUAGAAUUACUGUGGAUUCAGAUGCAGAAUAUAUGGAUGCAUAUGAUCAUGUUACUUAGUAAGCAUUUAAUGAACAUAAUUAGCUAAUUAAUUAAUUAAAUAAUUAAUUUUUCAGUAGCAAUUCUUUGGAAUUAUUAGAUACAAUAGCGGAAACUCAGAUAACUUUAAAUUUAUUUAUGAAUAAUAAAUUUGAGUUAGCGGAAGAGAGAAUGGCGGAAUUGUAGGUUGAAAUUUUGCUCAAAAUUUAAUUUUGGAUUUAUUUUUAGAUACGAUAAAUCUAUGUAUCAUUCAAUGGGAUAUACUUGUAUUCUAUUUAUAAAAGCUGUUAUGACCGUUGAUAAGGUGAGUUUUGAAACAGUGCGAUUUUUUUUCACGGACAUUUGAAAAUCAUAUUUUUUCUGAAACAGUAAAUUUUUAGAUCUUGGAAUUUUUAAAUAUAGCUUAUAAAUACUAGACAAAAUAAUAGUAUUUCUAAAACAGUUCAAAAUUUAUAUGAGAACAACAAUUUCAACCAAGAAAUAUUUUUUCCAGAAAGAUAUGGAAAAAGCAGCAGACGCGUGUAAAGUAUCAUGCGAAGUAAUCGAUAGAUUUCGACAAAAACGAACAAUUAGUGAAUCACUUUUUGGUGCAAGUGCAAAAGGCAAAAAAAUGACGGAUGAAGAGUUGCACGGUGAACUGUGUUAUGCACAAAUUCUACUAAUUCGGGCAAUUCUCACAUUUUUUCACGAUGAUAAUUUUGCGAGUUUCAUCAAAGGCGCAUUGAGUAUCAGAACUUGUUAUCAAACUUAUAAGUGAGUUUUUUCGGGAUGAUAUAAAAAGCUGAACUUAAUUAAAAUAAGAAAGAUAAAUUCAUGAUUUCUAAAAUAAGUUUUGAAACGUAAUUUUGACGAGAAAAACUCCGUUUCGGAUUUUAUUAAAAAUACAGAAAUAAAAGAUUUUUAAAAGUUUAAAUGUGCAAAAAUACGAUGAAAUGUUUUCGAAAUUUAUUCCCGAACUUUGAAGACUUUUUUCAGAUCAAACUAUAAUUAACCAAAAUCUAUCUGAAAAAACUUAUAAAGACCAUCUGAAUAUUUUUGUGACAGUUCUCAUUUUUUCAAAGAACACUAUUUUUGUCGUAUCAAUUUUCAAAAUUUUCACUCAAAAUCACUGUUUCCAGAUACUGUGAACGUCUAAUGAAUGAGCCUUCAAUCUGGGUUGACCGAAAUCGAAAAGUUCGUGAACAAUUCGAAAGUGGAACUCGAAUGGGUCUCGGAACAUUUUCUCUGAUGUUAUCAACACUUCCAUCAAAAGUUUUACGAUUAUUAGAAGUUGUAGGAUUUUCUGGGGAUAAAGGAGCGGGAAUGCGAGAUUUACAUCAUGUCUCAGCUAUGACACAUACACUUUAUUCACCAUUAGCCAAGAUGAUUUUGUUAACGUGGCAUUUAGUGGGUAAGUUUUCAAUCAGAAAACUCAUUUGCCAAAUUCUGAUGAAAAGAUUGGAAUAAAUAAUUUAAUUUUCUGAUCCCAAAAAAUAUAUCCAACCCUAAUUUCCAGCCUGUUUCGUUUUGGGAACCGGUCAACCAGAUCUUCGAGUCUGUCAUCAAAUUCUACCCGGUUUAUCGAUAAUGUGGCCAAAUGGUGCAAUAAUGCUUUUCAUGAAGGCUAGAUUAUUAUUAGUUUCUGGAGAUAUCGAUUCCGCGAUUCAUUAUUUCAAUAAAUCGAUUGAAUCACAAAGUGUUUAUCGACAAUUUCAUCAUGGUUGUUUUUGGGAGUUAUUGUAAGUUUUGAUGAAAACAUUUCGAAGAUAUUAUCAAAUUGAGAAUAAAAAUUGAAAUUGUUCAGAUUCGCGCAUUCCUACCAACGCCGCUGGUCUCAUUCCGCAAAUUAUGCCAAAAAACUAAUGGAAGAAUCGAAAUGGAGUCGCUGUGUUUACACUUAUAUGCUUUGCAUUUUCUUCGCCGCUGAUGAAAGUUGCAGCGAAUCAAAAAGAAAUGAAACAAUCGCAGUUCUCGCUUCAAAAGUCGAUGGAUAUCGAUUGAAAAUUGCCGGAAAAUCGAUACCAGUUGAGAAAUAUUGUGGUAGAAAAGCAAAACGUUUCGUGGCCACAAAAUCACUAAUAUUCGCGCAUUAUGUGAGUUUCUUUUUAAGAUAAAAUAGAAUGUUAACGAAAUUUGGAUUUUUCAGGAAUUCAUUUAUUUUUGGAACGGUUUUGAUAUAAUAUCGAAAAGUCCCAGAUUAUUGAACCCGAUUAUUGAAGAUUUGGAUCGAGUUUGGGCGAAAAAACGAGAUUCUUGUGAGUUUUGAACACUUCAAAAAUUCACUGUUUCGCUCGUAUUUGAUAUUUUCAGUGAAACUUUCCGAUUAAUAACAUUCUCUUUGUAAUGUCUAAAUUUUUCCAAAAAGUUUUGAACAAAAAUAUUUUUUGAAAUCUACAAACAAAGAAAACAAAGAUUCUUGCCACAUAUUUAGUGGAACAGGAGGAAUUUUUCGAAAUUUUAAACUAAUUAAUUUUCAGGCGAUAUAAACGACGAAGCUCUCUACUAUUUCCUGCGCGGUGUAACUCUUCGCCAUCUAAGAAUGUUUGCGCAAGCAGAAGCCAACCUUCUAAAAGUGAUCGAAAGAGAAUCAAAAAUCACCGAUUUCACGUAUCUCCCGCCAAAUGCCACGUAUGAAAUCGCAAUGAUUCGAAUAUCCGAAGGUUUGACAAAUGAGUCACAACAAUUAUUAGCGAAGGCAAGAAGUUAUACAAAAUAUUCGCUUGAAAAUAAAUUGCAUUUUCGGAUUCAUAGUGCAAUGGAUAAUAUGGGUUGUAGGACACCAAUGUUAUAG